GCCAUUCCAUUUCUCCAUAGCUACUGAGGGUUUUUUCUUCUUUCUUUUUUUGUAUAUGUAAAUGUCUUCCACCAGCGAGCCACCUUCAACCAGCGAGCCACCCUCCACCAGUGACCCACCUUGCACCAGCGAGCCACCCUCCACCAGUGAGUCACCUUCCACCAGCGAGUCACCUUCAACUAGCGAGCCACCUUCCACCAGCGAGUCACCUUCCACCAGCGAGUCACCUUCAACCAGCGAGUCACCUUCAACUAGCGAGCCACCUUCCACCAGCGAGUCACCUUCCACCAGCGAGUCACCUUCAACUAGUGAGCCACCCUCCACCAGUGAGCCACCUUGCACCAGCGAGCCACCUUGCACCAGCGAGCCACCCUCCACCAGCGAGCCACCCUCCACCAGCGAACCACCUUGCACAAGCGAGAUGGCCCUGUACAGCAUUGUUGAGUUCCCAGAUUACUCAGUAGGGAUUGUGAGCAGCAAAUGGCUUAAUGAGGACUCCUCCAUAACUCUGUGGCCACCUUAUACUGACCCUGGUAAACAGAAGGCAGCUUUGCUGAUGCAUGAAGUUCCUGGAGAGACUUGGAAAGCGCAUGAAAUCUGUGUUUUGGGCACAGCAGUGGAUUAUGCAAAGGCAAGAUAUAAAGCCAAAAUGGCAGAAACAAAUCUAAUUGUAGCCAGUGAACCUGAAGAAUUAGAUCGCAGUCAGCGGUCAAGACAACCUACCAAACGCUACAUUGAUCUUGAGCCUGAACCUGCUCCACUGAAACGGCAGAGACAAUCACAAACAGUCACAGCUGCAGUCGUACACCAGCCACCAGUUCCACCAUCACCCAUGGGUUUGCCACCUUCUGGUCAUAACUCUCUGGUUACUCUGUCUCCAAGCCACCUUCCACCUCCGAAGUCGCCUUCAACCAGCGAAGUCACCUUCCACCAGCGAGUCAGCCUUCCACCAGCGAGUCACCUUCCACCAGCGAGUCACCUUCCACCAGCGAGUCACCUUCAACUUUCACCUGAGAUCCACCUUCCACUUGCAAGCCGUCCUUCACCUGCAGCCUUCCCCUUCCUGUGA